AUGCAGACGGACGGUGCUGACGGCGCAACAUCCCCUGCCGCCGAGCAGCAGCAGCAGCAGCAGCAGCAGCAGCAGCAGCAGCAGCAAGAGCAGCAGCAGGAGGAGUCAGAUCGGCGACAGCAGCAGCCAGCUGGCGAUGACGGACAGCCGGGUACGGGCGCGUCGAAGCACCAGCAGAAAGAGCAGCCGGUGGCAGCGCAGCCAGCCCCCCGCCGCAGCGGGCGCGCCCGCCAGCGGGUGCAGCCGCCGCCUGCACGCACCAGCGGCAGGGCAACGCGGUCCCGCGCCAAGAUGCAGCCGCAGCUAGCGGCACUGGACAUCAUCGCUGAGGAGGACCCCUCCGCCGCUGGCGAGCAACAGCAGCUGACGCACCACAGGCGCACGUCAUUGUCCGAGGCGGAUGACGAACGCGUCGUGGCCCCUGCAGCUGAGGCGGAGGCCGCACCGGCCCCCUGGCGCACAUCGUCACGGCGCCACGGCAGCAGCACGAGCGCUCCCAGCGGCUCGCCCGGGCCGCCGAAGGCUAACAAGCCCGGCAGGGUGCUGCGCAUCCCGCGUGCUUCCGCCGUUCAGCAGCACGAACAGCAGCACGAACAGCAGCACGAACAGCAGCACGAACAGCAGCACGAGCAGCAGCAGCAGCAGGAGGAGGAGAACGAGCACCGCCCUGAGGAAGACCAGCAGCAGCCGCAGCUUGACGCCCAGCAGCACACGUUAGGGAUGGAAGAGGCGCGUGAGGGCGGUAUCCAGCCCUCCUCACCCGAACACGUACUUCUGGCAUCGCCCCCUGGAGUCCAGCUUUUGGCUUCACAGCAGACCCAUGGUGCUGAGGGCUCUGCGACGCCACGGCUGAUGGGUGCCGGCGCGCAGCGCCGCAGCAGGGCAGCAAGCCAGCUGCUGGCGGCGCCAGGCAUCGCCGAAGCUGUGCCGGCCCAGAAGGCAAGUCCCGCCGCAGCAGCGACCGCCGCUUCGCCGGCGGCGGCAGCUCCAGGAGCAGCGGCACCCGCGGAAGCGGGAUCGGCAGAGGCAGCGGCGGCGGGCGCCGGCAGCGGAGCGCGCGGCGGUGUGGGGCGGGACGCCAAGUCCUUGUCGUUUGGCGCGGGCCUCCAGCCAGCGCCACUGGGGAGCCCAGAUGCCGGGCCGACGCAGGCAGACGAGCAGCAGCAGGGCGGAUCAGCACAGGCCCCAGAUCUGGAGCGCGACGAGGACGCGCAGCAGCCGAGGGGGCGCGGUGCUGGCCGGGAGAUCUCCUUUGGUCUUGUGCAGGGGCCGCUUGCACCCCAGCCUGACGUGCUCGUGCCGGCGCCCCUCCCUGCCCGGACACCGCGGGCCCGGCAGAGCGCACGGGCGCCGUCAGCUGCUGCGCAGCAGACACCCGCCUCCAGCACGCAAGCUGCGGGUGAGGGCUCCGGCACUCCAGAGUGCACGCCCCUCCCGGCGGCGGCCGCAGCCGCGCCGCCUGCGGCAGGCGGCAGGGUCCUGCGCAGCGCCGCCAAGGGCCCCCUCCAAAGCGAAGCCCCCGUCGCGCCCACGACGGCGGCGGACGCCCGCGACACGCCGGGCGGUGCGGCGGCCGGCGAGCGGGCGGCGGCGGCAGAGGCAGCAGCAGCGGCAGCAGCGGUCCCGGCCGCGCCGAGGGCGGGUGGGGCGGCGUCCAACCUGGUGUCUGGCUUCCGGUCCUUCCUGCCCAGCUUCAUGCAGUCAAAACAGGCGUCCCCCUCCAUCGCCGCCGGCAAGGCCAAAGUCAAGGUGAAAGCCCUGGAAGCCGCCCAAGCCGCGAAGAAGGCGGAGGAGGCGCGCCUCGCCGACAAGGCGCGCCAGCGCGAGGGCGCCGCCGCCGCAGCCGCCGCCGCCGCCGCCACAGGAGAGCCCGUCCCCGAGGCGCCGUGUGCGCCGGCCGCGGCUGCAAAGCCCAAGGCUGGCCGCGUGCCCGUCGCCGCCGAGGCGCCAGCGGGUGAGGGCGAUGUCAGCGGCGCCGCCGUGGCCAGCACGCAGAGGACGCCAGCAGGCGCGGUGGCCGCGUCCAGGGUGGCUGCGGUGGAGAAGGUUGCGGCGGGCCAGGCGGGGUCCGGCUCGGGCGGCGCGGUCCGCGUGCCGGUGGCGGCGCCCAAGGUGGCCGAGGACGAGGGCGCGAGGCGGCCGGUGCCAGACAAGGAGGCGGCUAAACGCAGGGCGGAGCGGGACGCGGAGGCGGCGAAAAAGGCGCUGGACAAGCAGGAGCGCGAGGAGCGCCAGCGGCGCGUGGAGGCGAAGCGGCGCGACGACGAGGCGCGGCGCCGCGCCGAGCUGGAGGAGAAGCAGCGCGCCAAGGAAGAGCGCAUGGCACAGAGGCGGCAGCAGAUGGCGGGGGCCGCGGGCGGAGGCGGCGGCAUCGGCGGGGGGGCGAACGGCCCACGCCUAGGGGCGCCGGGCGGCGGGGCAGCCGGCGGCAAGCCAACCACGCAGCACGCCAUGGCCAAGGACCACUCCGACGCAUUCGGCGCCAAGGCGCCCAAUGCAAAGGCGGCAGCUACGGCAGCGACAGGGGGCAGCGCAGCAGUGACGCCGGCGGCGGCGGCGCUGCCAAGCUCGCGCCCGCACACGCCGGGCGGGCCGGGGGAGCAGGGCUCGCCGAUGCGGGUUCAAGUGCUGGCUCCCGUGCAUGCGGGCGCGGGCGGCAGCGGCAGCGGGCAGCAGCUGGCGGCGGACAAGGGGCUCAUGCCGCCGCCCACCAUCCACAAGACGCCCGCCGCGCAGCCGGUGUCGGAGCAGGAGCGCCACAACAUCGAGAUGCUCAAGAGCUCACCCUACGUCAACAUGGGCUCCAAGCGGACGCCAAAGAUGGCCCUGCCAAACCCGCACAACUAUGAGAUCUCGCCAUACAGGGACGACGAGGAGGCGACCCCCGACCGCUCCGGCAAGCCCAUCCCUGACUGGGCGCGCAGCCACAACCUGGGCGACUGCCUGCGGCGCCAGCAGCACGUGGACCCGGACAAGCUGUUUGGCGCUAAGCAGACCAGCUGCCCCCUGGACGACAUAUUCAAGGGCGUCGAGCUGCUGCCCAACUCGCAACCGUCGCGGCCGCGCAAGCGCCAGCUGCACCAGCGCACCAGCAGCGGGGACUGGAGCCGCGACAAGGUCACGUGGAGCGAAGAGAUCGCUUACAAGAAGGCGAUGGGCUACGUAUAG